AUGCAUCUUGCUGUGGUGGCAUGUGGGGAUCGUGUAGAGGAGACGGUGACCAUGCUGAAGUCUGCUAUGCUCUUCAGUGUGAAGAAACUUCAAUUUCACAUCUUUGCAGAAGACGAAUUGAAACCGGAGUUUGAACGCAAGCUCAGGGAAUGGCCCCAUCAGCUCUCCAGAAAGUUUGAAUACAAGAUCUACCCAAUCACGUUUUCAGUUGGAAACGCUCAGGAAUGGAAGAAAUUAUUCAAGCCUUGCGCGGCUCAGAGACUUUUUCUUCCGAUGAUCUUACAAGAUGUGGACUCCUUACUAUACGUAGACACAGAUGUUCUGUUUUUGAGGCCUCUGGAUGACAUCUGGGCCUUCCUGAAAAAAUUCAACGAAACACAGUUGGCCGCGAUGGCCCCCGAGCACGAAGUCCCUAAGAUUGGCUGGUACAGUCGCUUUGCUCGUCACCCUUUCUAUGGUACAACUGGGGUCAACUCAGGGGUCAUGCUAAUGAAUCUGACUCGCAUCAGAAAGCAGCAGUUCAAGAACAAUAUGAUCCCAGCUGGUUUGACCUGGGAAGAGAUGCUGCACCCAUUGUACCAAAAAUAUAAAAACUACAUCACAUGGGGAGACCAGGAUUUGCUGAACAUUAUUUUCUCCUUCAACCCAGAGAACCUGUAUAUAUUCCCAUGCCAGUGGAAUUAUAGGCCGGACCACUGCAUGUAUGGCAGCAAUUGUAAGUCUGCAGAAGAAGACGGUGUAUCCAUUCUUCAUGGCAACCGAGGAGUGUACCAUGAUGACAAACAGCCAGCGUUCAAAGCCUUCUAUGAAGUGUUACGAGAUUACCCAUUUGAUGGAAACCUCUACCAGGAAAUGUACUAUCCACUGCAGUCCAAAUUCCUAGCGAGCGUGCACACUUUGUGUGGCCGAAUCCCACAGGUGUUCCUUAAACAGAUUGAGAUGACGAUGAAGAGAGUUUACGAAAGGCGAGUGAUUGUCUACGUUGGGUCGCACGGAAGGGAAUGA